AUGAUAUCACCGGGUCAGGAGGACGUCAUGGUCGAUUUGAUACGGGCUAGAGUUGUCAUCAGCCUGUUCAAAAUUGUCCAACUGCAAAUGCCUACGAGAAAUCUAGGCUGGAGAUUUUUGACAUGCUCAUUAUCAGAAAAUGCAGUUAAGAGAUUUGAAUCGCAAGGUGCUAGAGACUCGCUUUUGCAGUAUCUGCUUGUUACUCCCACAUCCCAGAACAGAUUGCGCAUGCGCAUGGGUGAUUACCUCACCCUCUCAAACCCGUGGACCGGUGGACUGGGCGGGACCCUCGUGAAUGCCUCGGACGCCACGACACCUGCUCCUCCGCCCGGCUUGUGCUCGGGCUUACCAGUCGACAUUUCACCGCAAUGCCCGGGACGGGCUCGACCUCCACUUGGAUACCUACUACCUGUGGACGCUGCUGCGGCCUGCCAACUGCUCACGGGCCCAUGCCAUGAAACCUCGACACUUGCAAACUCUCUCGCAUUGAUCCAGAAUGCAAAGGACGAAACCCUCCGUCAUUGCCAGCAUCUAGACCGUGCCUGCCAAGAUGUGCGACUUCUCCACUUGCAGUCGGGAUGGCUUGACAUAACCUUAUUCCCCGCCGUGCCUGACUUCAGCAUACGAUACGGAGGCCAGGUCGAGGACAACACGAUACCAGAGGGCGAUGGGGAUGCGCGACGUCUGAGCAGUCAGUUCACUGCCAUCUUCCAUGUAUUUGAAUUGAGGUCAACGCCCACGAUGGAUCGUGCUACCGGGGUGGCCGGUGAACUAUCGGUUGUGGCCCUUCAGACCUCACAAUAUGCAGAGCACAGCCAAUCCCCACGAUCCUACCCUUACUACACGGGCGCUGCUGGCCGACUGCUCCCUUUCAUGGCCGAGACUUUUGCAUCACAGCUCAACGAACUUGAUCAAGCACGAGCCGAACCCCGUUGUCUCGAUAUUAUUGACUGCUUUUGUACUGCCAAGUACGCCCUCGAGCUAGCGCUCUGUCCUUCCCGCUUCCAGUCUAUUUUUUAUGCAUGGCAAAUGAAGGAGCGUAGGAGUCGUCGGAUAUUUUUGCUGCUGGAGAUCUUUCUUCUCGCGGAUACGAGGACAAAGAAGAGCACGACAGAAGGCUACAACGGCACCUAUGGGCUCGUCUACCGAAGAACUCAAGGAGCGCCUCAACUCUAUACACCACGCGAGUACUACCCAGACGCCGGUUACGGCUAG